AAAUUUAAUUUAAUUAUAUAAUAUUGUUUACCAUAUUUAUUAUUACCACAGACUAAAUGUUUGCUUUCCUAAAUUUACUAUCAUCGCGCCGCGCGCCGUAUGAGUUUUUAGUUUUGUUAUUUCUUUACGCUGAACGAAAUAUUUUUAAAUUAGGCAUACAUGUAAUAUUUAUGUAGAUAUUAUUACGUAUUAAUAUGUGUUGUAUUCCAUUCGCAAUACAACUUUGACUCAAGUUUCUCGGAUAAGUACAUGUUUAUAGCCAUUUAUAAACAUGUACUUAUCCGAGAAACUGGACAAAAGUCCAAUAGAUAGAUUUCACUCCUGUAAGAGUGAAAUGAAUAAAUAUUCGCUAAUAUUUGAUACGUAUACCUAUACUUAUUAUCCUACUUACAAUGAGAAUGUGAAUGACUGGACAGCGAGCGCUCCCCAACUCGACUGCAUCACACCACUCAGGUUACUACUAGCAAAAGAAAAAGAUCCAGAAAGAUGGCAACAAGAACUCAAUGUAAUGGAAACUCAUAACGAAGCUCGCCAGCAGAGACCUUCAUGGGCAGCAGACCAGGCCAACAUUGUAGAUUUCCUUGUUGAUCAUUGCAAACUUGGCAGGAAGUUUGAUAAGGAAUUGGUACAACGAGUUUGCGGAAUCUUAGAGAUAAAUACCGUGGAAAUACCCUCGAGAGGCGGUUUCAGCAUCAGAGCUGUAUACCCGCGGCUGGCGAUCGCAGCACACAGCUGCGUACCGAAUAUCGUUCACACUAUACUUUUAAGUGACUACCAGGUACAAGUGAGAGCUGCAGUGCCUAUAAAGUCGGGGGAAACUCUCCAUCUCUGUUACACCCAUGCGUUGUCACCGACGCUCUUCCGUCGGGAGUUUCUGCAGGAGUCCAAAUUUUUUAACUGCGAGUGUCCACGCUGUGCAGACCCCACUGAGUUGGGGACCCACCUUAGUACGCUGAAGUGCAAUAAGUGUGAUAACGGUGUUAUAUUGUCCACUAAUCCUCUAGACAAUGAUGCUCCGUGGAUGUGUACAGAGAGUAAUUGUGAGUUCAAGACAUCUGGAGCAGCGAUGCAGAAGAUGUUGGCCGUGGUACAGGCGGAGGCCGAUCAGUUAGAUGUGUUAGAACCCGGCCCGCAAGCUAUCGAACAACGAGAAGCUUUCCUUAAAAAAUAUAAAUCUGUAUUCCACCCUCGGCAUUCAUUGAUGUUAUCGAUAAAGCAGGCGCUAGGACAACUGUAUGGUCGGGUAGAGGGGUAUAACAUCGACGAGCUACCGGACAUAAUGCUGGAGAGAAAAGUAGAAUUUUGUCGACUUGUACUCAAGACACUCGACACUAUAAUGCCGGGUGAAAGUCGUAUGAGAGGUAUGGUACUUUACGAGCUCCACGCUCCAAUAAUGUAUAUGGCAAGAAAUGAAUUCAGCGCCGGUACUCUAACACAAGAAAAAUUAAAAGACAGAUUACAAGAACCCAUACAGUAUCUAGCAGACGCGGCUAGGAUUCUGAUGCGAGAAGAUCCCCAAAGUCCUGAAGGCAUCACCGGACAGAUAGCCUAUCAUUCAAUGGAGCAACUUAAAGCCAGUCUGGAUAGUUUGUAAUAGUCAAAUUAAUAAUGGAGUUGUUUACCUUCGAAAAAAGACAUACUUGGAAGACAUGAAUGAGCAAUGUGUAGAAAGUAAUCAGUUUGAUCUGUAUAACGUUAAUUAGUUUGGAAACCACUCAAUAAUACUGAGUAUGCCAUGAAAAAUCGAUUUCCCUCUAUUUAUCUGUAAUGUAUAUAUUACUAAUAUUUCCAUUGUUAUUUUAUGUACAUACUGUAAAUCAAACCCUAAAAGCAAAAUGAAGUCUAUAAUUAUACCUAGGUUUACUAAUAUAUUAUGUU